GUCAAUACUAUUGCUAAUGGUUACAAUAUCAACAAUGGCCGCUGGACUUGCCGGGUCGUGAGACUACCAGUGUCAAAUUAGUAAUAUGUCGGUCGCUACGGCAAUGGCAUCGCCGAAAAAGCCACACAAAACAAGAUAUCGAAACCAAAUCCCAGCAUGGGACGCGCGACGUUUGGGUUUAAGAAUCACUCAAACCCAAUGUGAAGGGAAAUCCGAGUACCAAACUUCGUACCCGAAAUGGCCAUUCCAGCGGCCAAGGACCAACAUCAAACCCGCGAACAACCGUCUCGAGAUCCCAACCUCAAUCUGUGACAUGGAAAUGGACACCACAUACAAAACGGAUUAUGUCGCUCACGAGACCUCGAAGAGAGAGAAGAAGAAGGAAACAGUGUACCGGUCGGCUAAAGGCGAACUCAUGACGGAUACCACGUACAAAGUGGACUUCGCCCCAAAGGUGGCACUCCGGGUAGAACCUUUUAAGACAUAUAAAGAGUACAGCGCCCCCGUGACCAAGUUCAAGGGCGAGUCCAUAUACCAGAUGUCCUACCAACACUUUGAACCGGAUCUAGCAAAGCAGUGUCGCCCCGCCCCGAUCCGCCCAGCUGAAGCCCUACGGGGCGGGGAGCGUAAGGCAACACCUUCCUCCACAUUCAGGAACGACUACCAGAAGCACGAGAAUACAGAGAAGAGGAAACCAAUCAAGCCCGAGGAGAACAACAAGCUGUCCACAGAGCCCCUGGAGGAUACCACCAGCUACAAAGAGUUCUACACCAAGAAGGACCUGCCCACAUACUCAAGAAAAGUGAUUAACACAAACUGUGUUGUUACCAAGCUGAUGCUUCCUGAGUCGCUACAACCCCAGGGUGACAGUGGAGAGCAAACUGUCGUAACGGAGACUAAGCCGGAAACCAAGGAAUCCAGCACCACGCCACUACUUCAGGGGUUGAUGACAACCUUUACUGCUGACUUUCGGCCUCAUUAUAAUGUGCGCAGGCGCACAAUCUGUAAACCUCCCGAGUCGGCUUAUCACUUUAUAGAUGCCCCGUUCGAUGGCAACACGACUGCUGGCAUGGCUUACAAGGUGUGGCCGGUAACCUUACCAGAGAAGCCAAAAUGGGCGGUGAAACCUGCGUACCAACGUCCUAAGACCUGGAUGCAGACAGAUAGCACAUAUGCGGUCAACUUCAAACAUCCGGGUAACAAUAUACCGCCGUCUCCAAUCAAAACAAAGCACAACCAAGACAUAAUACGUCAUGUGGCAUCUGGAGACGCGGGGCAGGAGACCACUUAUCAGAACAACUUCCAGGGCAUUUCACUAGCGGAUGCCACGAAGUCCUUCCUUACCAAACAGGUGUACGAGCCCCCCAAAGAGAAAAUAAUCUGUCAGUCUACACAGCGUGCGCACUAUACAGGCCACCACACGGAGCGUGCCAAACUAUGCCGACAGACCUCUGAGCACCGUAACCUAUUCAACAACAAAACGAUGGAGUAUAACACCACCUACAGAGACACGUAUAAGGACAACAGACCAAAAAGCUGUCCCGCUAAUGUCACCAAGUCACGAAAGAAUGCAGACUCGGAAUCUGAGGAAGCCAAGAAUGAAAUGCAGCCGGAAGAAUAAAAGAAGAAAAUGAUCGUUCACCAAUUUAUACUAGAUACAAUGUUUGAUAAAGUUUACUUUUAGCAUAUAUUUUACAAAAGGUAUACAACAAAUUUAAUGUCGCUGUUUUCAUACGAAUAUGAAGUUUCCAUAUCUUAUAUACAUUUUUAUUAUCAUAUUUAUACGAGAAUAUUAAAAAAUCUUUAGCUCA